AUGACGGUCACAACAUCAUCAUUUGUGCGAAUUGUUGAAGUUGGACCACGAGAUGGCCUCCAAAACAUCUCCCAAUGGAUUUCCACUGACACAAAACUGGAUCUUAUAUAUCGACUUGAGUGCUGUGGUUUGCGUGCAAUCGAACUGACCUCCAUUGUCUCCCAUCGCGCGGUGCCUCAGAUGGCUGAUGCCACUAAAUUGCUCCAAGAUGUUCAUGUACAGAAGAUGCUCGCAAAGUCCAGUGUCCGCCUUCCUGUGUUGGUACCUAAUCUUCGUGGGUUUGAAAUUGCCCGUGCUCACGGAGUAAAGGAGAUAGCGGUUUUCAUUAGUGCCACGGAGGGCUUCAGCCAGGCAAACUUAAAUUGCUCCUGUGACGAGGCAGUUGGGAGGGCAAGGGAAGUGGUAGCCCAGGCCAGGCAAUUGGGUAUUGCGGUACGAGGCUAUGUGUCUUGCAUAUUCGAGGACCCGUACGAUGGGCCGACGGAGCCCUCUUCUGUCCUCGGUCGGGUGAGGGAGCUCCUUGACAUGGGGUGUUAUGAGGUCAGCUUGGGGGAUACUCUUGGUACUGGCAACCCAACAGCUGUGCGUGUGCUCCUGAGGUACCUUCAAUAUCAUGGGAUAUCUAUGACUAGCAUCGCUGGCCACUUCCAUGACACAUACAAUCAGGCACUGGCAAAUGCAUGGGCCGCCUACGAGUGUGGGGUUCGAACGCUCGACAGCAGUGUGGGAGGUCUCGGAGGCUGUCCUUUUGUACCGCACGCUCGAGGUAAUCUUGCGACGGAAACACUCGUUGCUUCUUUUGAAAAUGCUGGCAUCGCUACGGGUAUCAAUAAGGAGGCGUUGGAGGGCACGGCAGCCUGGGUCCGAGAUCUACUGAGGAAGGGUUAA